CGUGACGAGCCUUCCAAGAAUUGGUACAAUUGUGUCGACGUGUUGAUAGAGCCCGAAAUUGGUGUGAUGCUACAUGUUGCAGCGGCUCGGCAUUGCUCACUCGAUCGUUCGCAACUGCAGCUCGACCAUCCAUGCACGCGCAAGGAGUGGCAAAGAGCAACUGUUCUUCAAUUCCUGCGGCUGUUGUGGCCUAGCGGAUCGGUGGGUUCAUGCUCUUAUGUGACAGAGUGCACGCAAGAUUACAGCGCGGAGAAUCACGCAGAGAAGCGAGCGAAGUGGUGGUGUACAGAGGGCGAAGGUCUCUUCAACUCUGCUGAAGCAGCCGGUAGAUGAUAAGUUGAGAUUGAAUCCGUGAAGCGUCCGCUUGUUUUGGUGGCUCUUUCUGAUAGAUCAGAGUUGCAGUUCGUGGUCUUGAUUCGUCUGGCCUGACUGACCCGCGCGGAGCUUUCACGAUGGAGGCGGUGGUGGCAGCAGCAAGCAUGGGCUGUAUGGCUGUUUGUUCCACACCUCGUAGAGUGGAGUUUACAUCGUGCAAAUCGAAAGCCCUUGCACUUCCAGCUCGGAAGGAGUUCAGUUCAGGAACCGUUCUGCGGAGUUCGGCUUUUACAACUGAUUUCCAGGAUCAAGGACACGUUCAGUUUUAUUUGAAUGUUCAAUGUUCGAGGAAGGAGAAGAUGAACAAGCGUUCGGCGAAGGAGUUGGGAAAGGAGAUGCCGAAUUUUGAAGGUCGGUUGGGCGGUAUGGACGAUUGUAAGCAGAGAAAAAAGAUGCAGAAGAUGAAGGCUGGUAAGCGAAUGGAGUCGUCAUCCUCUUCGAGUUCAUCCUCUGAGUCGGAUUCCAGCGACUGCGAAAAGGGAGGGGUGAUUGUGCUUGAGCGGAAAGAGAUGAGAACAGUCGGAAGAUUUCGUGAGGAGUUGAAACCAGAGUCGGAACAACCGAAAGAAUUGCGGAAAGGCCGGAAAUUUGACGUAGAACAAUUCAGGAAGGAGUGGGAAGAAAUGUCGCGGUCCGAAUUGAUGAAUUCCAUUCCUCGCUUUACUCCGGAGUUCACAAUCGAACCACCCAUUUCUGUCACCAUCGAACAUUUACAAAAGUCGUUCAAUUUGCCGACGACCCGACCGCCGCCGCCAAUGGUCGAGGAUCCAGCUUCAGGACGAGCACCAUCGAGCACGGCAGAAUCGCCGGCCUCAGCUUUCUCUCACUCGCUGGUCACCGUAGCCGGUCUGGCCGUCGUGGAAGACAUAAUUGACGACUUCUCUGCCAUUGCACUAAAACCCGCCUCAGCGCACGUAGAGGUCUGUAUGGGGGGCAAGUGCAAGAAAGCAGGUGCCGGGGAGAUACUCGCUGCAUUUCAGGAGGCAGGCAAGCCAGGAGUCACCAGCAGUGCUUGCAAGUGCAUGAAGAAUUGCAAAUCUGCUGUGAGCAUCCGCAUUCAAGACGAAGAAGGUGACAAUGCGCAAGUCUACACGGGGGUCAGCUUGGAGGAUGUGGAUGUGCUUCUUCAAAAGCAUUGCUCUACAGGCAGUUCACUCACAGGACUCUCAUCUUUUGAUUCUGAGCUUUUUGACCAUAAUCCUGAGGCCCAAUUUUAAAUACUAAGCAGCCAUGUCAACACAACUGUACAUUCAUAGAUUUGCUCCUAGCUGUAAAUUUUUACUCCUCCCCACCGGGCUUUGUGCCGAACUAAAUUCAUGUGUAUAAAUUAAGACAGGAAACGUCUGGCAGGUUUGCUAGUCUUGUAACACGUCGAUGAUCAUACAAGCAAGAUUGGCUUUAUUCACGCCUACACUUUUAACUGCCACCGUCUCCCUCCGCCAUAUAGAUUUGGUCCUGCGAAAUCUCCUCUUUGGAGGCCAUUAGCUUUAGUGCCCAGAUGGAGUGUUUCUUCUCUUCUAUGAUGUGAAGAGCUUGUAUUUUUUACGCCACGAGUUGGCGAGUAUAUGGAGAUUCCAAGAGCAGCAUUCUCUGCCGCGAAGCCGAAUUUAGAGUUGAAAGAAAUAUGGGUUUGCAUCUACUCUGCCAUGAUUGAAUGAGUGAGCUUUUAAUCAAUGUAACGUCGCUUCCGUGGUGGAAUCGAUAAGCCCACGCUUGCUUUAUGGUGGAGAUUGCUAUUUUUGCUCCGAGUUCUGGGCCAGAGCACAUGAUGCUGCACAAUCCAAUUCGAUGUUGUAUAGUCCAGCAGUAAGAACCUCGAAUGUCGUAGGAAAAUCAUAUUUGAA